UUGUCUGUUAUGAUAGAAUUGCAAGAGCGGCAUGUAGGAGGUCCGGUCUCUUCCAUUAGGUAUCUAUGCGUAACUCUCGUGGCCAAUUCUAAGUCGGUUAGAUUUAAUUUGUACACUUCGAUUUGCAUGCUGGAAAAACGAUAGUUUUCAAUUUAAAAUGAUGAAUGAUGCGAAACAGCCACAAUCAAACGUCAGCAGUGGUGAAAAAGAUCGUGGCCUUAACAAACAGUCGUCGACCGUUGUCAAGUCAGAUAGUGAUCCGGUGCAAGCGGCACUGGGUGACUUCGGUUGGUGGCAGUUUUGGAUCACGUUCGCUCUAUCCCUAUUAAAGUUUCCAAUCGCCUGGCACCAGUUGGCAAUUAUAUUUUUGGCUGCCAGAKCGCCGUUUAAGUGUGAUGUCGGGAACGAUGAGUCAACAACAUUGUUCAACGUGACCGACAGAUGCAAUUCUCUCGACCCAGUUACACACGAAGUGGCACCAUGCUAUCAAUUCGUCUACGACAGGUCCGUGUUCCAGGAAACCAUAAUCACUGAGUGGGACUUGGUGUGCGGGCGGUUUCAACUGUCCAACAUCGCCCAGUCAGUGUUUAUGUUGGGAGUACUCAUCGGAAACGUGUUGUUCGGUAUGUUCUCUGACAAGUAUGGUAGAAAAUUACCAAUGAUGUUCGCUAUUGUCUUAUUACUUGUUGCCGGGGUUGGCACGUCGUUAGCUCCUUGGUACGAGCUAUUCCUGCCACUUAGAUUUGCGACUGCGUUAGCCAUUGGAGGUCUAAUGAUUAGUAGCUUCGUUUUAACCAUGGAAGUUGUAGGCGGGAAAUGGCGAACUGUUGUUAGCACGUUGCAUCACAUCCCUUUCAAUUUGGGUCACAUGAGCAUGGCUCUCAUUUCGUAUUUCAUUAGAAAUUGGAGACAGUUUCAAUUGGCCAUUACCCUGCCCUCAUUGUUUUUUUUCACGUAUUGGUGGAUAAUACCGGAAAGCCCGCGUUGGUUGUUGGCAAUGGGCAAGGAAAAGCAGGCGCGUAAAAUACUGACCACAGGCGCCUCACGGAACAACCGGAAGCUAGACGGCGAGUUCGAAAAGUCGCUGAUGAACAGUCAGACCGGAAAGGGCAGCGAAGAGAACAAAGGAAAUCUGUUCGACCUCUUCCGGACGCCCAACUUGCGGAAAAAGACGCUGGCCGUGUUCUUCAAUUGGAUGGUGUGUGGGCUGUGCUUCUACGGUCUGGCUCAGUACAUGGGUGAGAUCGGUGGCAACAUCUUCAUCAACGUCGCUUCGUCUGGUCUCAUCGAGUUGCCAGGCGCAUUCCUGUGCAUAUACCUGAUGGAGAAGUUCGGCCGGAGAAACACUUUGCUGUCUGCUAACCUGGUGACGGCCAUGGCUUGCAUACUGAUCACAUUCUUACCUCAGAAUUCCGAAGUGGAACAUUUUAAGUUCAUAUUAGCGUCAUUGGGAAUAGUCGGAUCAUCGAUAGCUUUUCCAACCAUAUAUCUGUUUAGCGGAGAACUGUUUCCGACUGUGGUGCGCAACGUCGGUGUUGGUUCAGCGUCCAUGUGCGCAAGGAUUGGUUCCAUAAUAGCUCCAUUCGUCUCGUCUCUGGGAGUGUUUAACGUGUACUUACCGCCGAUGAUAUUCGGCACUGUGCCAUUAAUUGGCGCUCUUCUGUGUCUAUUGUUGCCGGAAACGAGAGGAGCUCAAUUACCGGUGACCAUUGAAGACGGAGAACGUUUUGGACUCAAAGGAAUAAAAUCGCCGACAAAGACUACGGAAAACGGAACCCACAAUUCAGGAUUUGUAGCCGAUGAACAAUUGUAACAAUCAAACUGUUUGAGAAUAUUAUUGUUUUAUUUUAUUAUCAUAUCAURCAGCGAUUUACGCUGUAGGUUACAUCUACAUAAUUUGCUAUAAAAUAUAAAUUAAUAUCAUAUUGCAAGCAUUCAAAAUAAUGUAUAGAUAUGUAUUAAUAAUGUGUAUGAUAAUGUAUUGAUUAAUAUACGGUUAAAAAGGGUAAUAUUAACGAUGAAACAAAAAAAUUGUAUAAAUUACAAAGUUGAUAUUUUAUCGAUA